AUGAGUCUCUUUCCCUGUGUUUGCCGCAGCUGCAUCCAGUGCAACACCCACCUGACUGUCCACAGCGAGCUCAUCAGCAAGUCCUUUCGAGGUCGCACGGGUGCCGCGUGGCUCUUUGGCAAAGUGGUCAACGUGUCCGAGGGCGCGCUGGAGGACCGCAACAUGACGACAGGCAAACACACCAUUGCCGACGUUUACUGCAACGACUGUGGAACAAACGUCGGCUGGCGCUACGAGUGUGCCUCCGACGCGACACAGAAAUACAAAGAAGGAAAGUUCAUACUUGAAAAGGCACUUUUGAAGAGCUUGGAAGAAGACGACAGCGGUCAGCAACGCUCCUCAUAUAUGUCUUCGGACCUCGACUACGAAUGA